AUGGAUCCCGCACAAGUACCUAACCUUUACAAGCAGCAACGGGGGCCUCCGAAGAUUAAAAAUAAAAAUCCCGCCCCGAUCCAAAUCACAGCUGAACAAAUCCUUCGAGAAGCUAAGGAGCGUCAAGAAGCAGCUAAGAAAGCACCUCGUCAAAAGAUCUCUGAUUUAGAAGAAUUAUCAGAGUAUCGUUUGCGUAAAAGAAAAGAGUUUGAAGAUACCAUUCGAAGAAACCGCUUAAACAUUGGAAGUUGGUUAAAAUAUGCUGCUUGGGAAGAAAGUCAAAAAGAGUUGAAUCGAGCGCGUUCAGUGUACGAAAGAGCACUUGAUGUGGAUUCUCGAAAUGUAACUCUUUUUAUUAAAUAUACUGAAAUGGAAAUGAAAAGUCGUAAUAUAAAUCAUUCGAGAAACUUAUUUGAUCGAGCUGUAACUUUAUUACCACGGGUAGAUCAAUUUUGGUAUAAAUACACUUAUAUGGAAGAAAUGUUGGGUAAUGUGGCAAGUGCUCGUCAAAUCUUUGAACGCUGGAUGCAAUGGGAGCCUGAUGAAUCGGCAUGGAAUUCGUACAUAAAAAUGGAAAGGAGAUAUAAUGAGAUUGAUAGAGCCAGAGCAAUUUAUGAAAGAUUUGUUAAUGUACAUCCAGAACCAAAAAAUUGGCUUAAAUGGAUAAAGUUUGAAGAAGAGCAAAAUAAUUUAGAAAAAUGUAGAGAGAUAUUUAGUCAUGCAAUUGAAACCUUGGGUGACGAUCAUAUGGAUCAAAAAAUUUUUAUUGCUUUUGCGAAAUUUGAGACUAGAUUAAAGGAGCUGCCUCGAUCAAAAUCUGAAUCGCUUUAUAAUGCAUAUACGCAAUUUGAAAAGCAAUAUGGUGAUAAAGAUGGAAUUGAAGACGUUGUCGUUGGGAAACGAAGGGCACAAUAUGAAGAGGAAUUAAAGACGAAUCCAAAGAACUAUGAUAUAUGGUUUGAUUAUGCACGAUUAGAGGAGAAUGCAGCUGAUUCACAGAAAGUUCGAGAAAUUUAUGAACGAGCAAUUGCACAAAUGCCACCAACACAAGAAAAGAGAUUUUGGCGACGAUAUAUCUAUUUAUGGAUUUACUACGCCCUUUAUGAAGAACUCGAAGCAAUGGUAGGCUUGGAUUAUGAACGGACGAGACAAAUAUAUCAAGAAUGCAUUAAAUUAAUCCCUCAUAAAAAGUUCACAUUCGCAAAGAUAUGGCUACUUUAUGCUCAAUUUGAAGUACGACAGCUGGAUUUACAAGCUGCUAGGAAGGCGCUAGGAAAUGCCAUAGGUAUUUGCCCAAAAGACAAGCUCUUUAAAGGAUACAUUGAAUUAGAAUUACAGCUUCGGGAAUUUGACCGAUGUAGAAUUUUAUACACAAAAUAUUUGGAGCAUAAUCCAGCAAAUUGUUAUGCAUGGAUAAAAUUUGCAGAAUUAGAAAGAAUGUUAGGUGAUUACGAUCGCUGUCGUGCAAUUUUCGAGCUUGGUGUCGAACAACCUAUAUUGGAUAUGCCGGAAUUAUUAUGGAAGGCAUAUAUUGAUUUCGAAUUUUCUGAAGAAGAAUUCAAUAAAACAAGACUAUUAUAUCAACGAUUGUUGGAAAAGACUGGUCACGUUAAAGUUUGGAUUAGUUUUGCACAGUUCGAAUUAAAUGCCGAUGAAGGUGAUCGUGAAGCAGCCGUUGAAAGAGCUCGUAAAGUGUUCGAGCAAGCCUACGAAAGUAUGAAAGAAAAAGAAUUAAAGGAGGAGCGUGUUCUGCUUCUUGAGUCCUGGAAAGAAUUUGAAAGCAAUAAUGGCACAGAAGAGAUGUUAUCUGCCGUUGAAGCGAAAAUGCCGAAAGUGGUUAAGAAACGACGUAAAGUGGAAGAAACAGAAGGACAAGGAGUCGUAUGGGAAGAAUACUUUGAUUAUAUUUUUCCCGACGAUCAGGCUCAACAACCGAAUUUCAGGCUAUUGGCUAUUGCACACGCUUGGCGCUCACAG